AUGGCUGAGAGGUUUAACACGAGUCCGUCAUCUGUCAAUAACAUUGUAACUUCGCAGAUUUGUGCUUUGCAUGAAAUAUUAUAUGAAGGACUCGUAGAGAGUCGCAUUCCUGCUCUCCAGAAGUGCAAGGGGUCUAUGCCUACAAGUUUUGGGGAUUUUAGUUCAUGUAGAAUAGUUAAUGCAACAGAAAUCACCCAGGAUGUUCCAGGGAAUGAUAUGAGAUUGCAGGCAAGCACAUACAGCGGAUACAAAAAUUCUCACACUGUUAAAAGUGUUACAGGUGUUGCACCUAAUGGUGCUUUGGUAUUUAUUAGUAAAUUGUACCCUGGCAGCACAUCUGAUGUUGCAAUUGCAGAACAUUGUCAAGUCUUAGAACAGUUAUCUCCAGGUGAUAUGAUCUUAGCAGACAAAGGGUUCACUAUUCACAAGUUGUUGCCCCAAGGAGUACAUCUAAAUAUUCCUCCCUUUCUUACAUCUAAAUCCCAAUACACCCCCAGUGAGGUCCAACUAUGUCGAAGAAUUGCUAAGUCACGCAUACAUGUUGAAAGAGCAAAUGAGCGUAUUAAGAAUUAUGAAAUUUUAAGGCAUGUUCCGCAGCAAUUUAGAUAA